AUCGGUGAAACGGCAGAGACCAGAAGGACACACUCACAGAGUGGAGUGUGAGAGGAACCUGUACUCUUCCACAACAUCAGGAGACAGGGAUCUACAACAGAUAAUAUUUUAUUGGCUUCAAGGGAAGACACGUAAUACUAAACAAUCCAUGUUAACCUUGACUGGAUCCGGACUCUUGACAUUUGCUUUUUGGAGCGGCUCGCCGUUUUUUUGUGUGUGCGUAUGCUGGGGGCUUCAACGGUGUUUCAACUGGUCGAUGAUGUAGAUGUUUGCCGAUCUGUGCAAAUUAUGAAGAUGGAGGACAGAUGCCAGUGAAAUGACUGAAGAAAGGAAGUGUGGUAUAAUAAUCAUAUCAAGACGUUUUGAAACGGUACAUGGAGAGAUGAAGAAUUAAGAACCCUGAAAAGUCCAUUUUUAUUCAGAUACAUUUGAACAGCAGAUACAACAUUGGAAGAUAUCUUUUCGAUCAUGUUGACAUUUUAAGGCACGCACAUGUUUUCCUUAUGUUGUGGUACUGAUUUCGCAGAUUAACUCAGACUGACCAAAAUUACUGACAGUCAUCGAUGAAGGUGGCAAGAUGUCAUUGUUUCCUGGAACCGGACCGUGUUAAAUGAAUUGUUGUGAUAGCAGCUUUGUCUGUGGAUGACUGCAGGCAGAUAACAUUUUAAUUAAGUAACAAAGGCCCACCUUACAUCUCUAGAUGUGCAACAGCAGAUAGCGUCAAAUUUAUCCUUUUUUUUUUUGCCUCAAAGAGGCCAAACAAACAGGGUACAUCAAAUCUCAUGAUGAAUCCCAGUGUGCGGGUGAUGGACACUCAGGUGAGGAAUCAGAGGGAAAAGUUGACAGCCACCAAGGUCAAUUCCAAACAUGAUAUUGAGGGUGAGGAUGACAAAAUACCAGGGUCUUAUGACUGCAGUGUUUGCGGCCGCAGCUUCCCUUUCUUGAGCUCUUUGUCUCAGCAUAUGAGACGCCAUACUGGUGCACGGCCUUAUAAAUGCCCCUACUGUGACCACAGGGCCUCUCAGAAGGGCAACCUCAAAGUUCAUAUACGCAGCCACAAACUGGGCACGCUUUCUAGCCACCACUCCAAUGAGGACGAAGUGGGGGGCGCAGAGGAAGAGGAGAUGAGUGUUUCAGAGGGGCUGGAUGGAGGCACAAGUCCAACCAAGAGCAGUUCAGCUUGUAAUCAGAUGAUCAAUCGCGACGGUGCCGAAGAAAGUCGCAGGAAAGUGGCUGUGAGGGGGCUGAAACGAGAGAAACCUGUAAGUGAUCAGCUGCCUUACUGCUGCCGACUUUGUGGCUAUGAGGCCCAGCGGGAGGACCAGCUCCUCAGUCACAUUGAGAAGGUCCACAUCACUGUCGACACGGGCGAGCAGAUGUGUCUUAAGGAAGAAGCUGUGGCCGAAGCGGCUGAAUCACAGUGUGAUGAGACCUUUUCCUGUGAAACCUGCGGUCAGGUGUUCACCCAAGCCUGGUUCUUGAAGUCACACAUGAAGAAACAUGCUGGGAUCUUGGACCACUGCUGUCAAAUAUGUGGAAGACGUUUCCGCGAAGCUUGGUUUCUGAAAUCACACAUGAAAACACACAACACCAGAUCACGGUCUCGUGCAAAAUCUGAUUCUGUUGAGCAUCCUGCCACUAUUAAUGAUGUAGCACAGGGCCCUGAAAUUGUUGGCUCUGUUGCGUCCGUCUACCAAAUGUGCUCUAAAUGCGGGAACCUGUUUCAUAGCAAACAGAGCCUGAGGGCUCAUGAUAAAGUCCACAGUCUCAGUUAUGGAAAGAAACCUCAGUACCAGUCACAACACACUGAUGAUAAUGAUGAUAUACCAGCCGCAAAAAGACGUUUACUUGACUAUUUAGGCCUUCAGCCUGUUGCAGCAAAAGCCGAUGAGGAAAAAGGAAGUGCUAAGCUACUGGGUCAGAGAAUCCCAGAGCUUGAUCCAGUUUGCAGCUACCAAGCAUGGCAUUUAGCAACCAAAGGAAAAGUUGUAGAACCAAUAGAGAACAACAAGGUUUCCAGUGAUGGAGGAAGUAUUGGAGAGGAAGACAAUGCUACUGCCGUUGUAGUUGAUGAGAAAGAGAACAAUGGUUACGCCCUUCAAAUUCAAGAAAAACGCAGCACAGGUCGCCGCAGCACCUCUGGUUUGGGAAACCAAGCUUCAUCUGGAGACCAGACGCCAGAGAACCUCAGUGAUUCCGAGUACCGACCAUCAUCUCGACAGGAACGGAGCCGGCCAUCCCAGUCUCAAGGUCCCGCUAAGUCCAUUAAGUGCUUUGAAUGUGGGAAGGUGUUCCGCAGUCGUCACCAGGUGAUUGUUCACCAGCGAGUCCACAGAAAGGAUGCGGGCAGGACACCGAUGGGCGACAAGGAAAAAAAUGGAAGUAAAGACCAGUGGAGCUCCACCAGUGAUCCAGAACCAGGCUCCCCAAACCGACCCUUUACCCCAGGGUAUGGAGAUUCACCACCAGCCUCCACAUUCAGAGACCAGGCAUCUGAGAUGGGCACGGCUAACUCAGGAAAGUUUACAGAUGAGAGGCCUUAUAUCUGCAGCUUUUGUGACUUUGUUACCACUGAAUCACAUACCUACCUGGCUCAUGUUCAUGUCCAGCAUUCGGCUGCUGUCGAAGACAGAACUGGCCCCAUUCCUACAGUCCCCCCAAAUGGAUAUCCAAAACUGAAGAAAGCCCUCCUGCUAGGUCUAGAAAAUAUUCCAUCCCCUCCUGCUCAUUCUUCCACUUGCUCUUCUCCCCCAGAGCCUGUUUCGAGCCCUGUGGAUUUAUGUAUGAGGGCUGAGGGUCACAGGGGCCAAGCCCCACUAACCAUAGACAGGAAAAUACUCCCUAACCACAAAUGCUCCUUCUGCUCCCAUUGUACACUCUAUCCUGAGGUUCUGUGGAUGCACCAGACUGUGGCUCACCGCAUGACCAGUGGUAGCUCCAAUCUGGUUCCUAAAUGGGCGCUUAAAAACAACAACAAUGGGCCAAGAGACUUGUCCUCCAGGAGACGUACUGGCCCCCCACCAGUAUUGGAGGGUAAGGAAUGCCCCCCACUGCCAAUAGUUGUGCAUGCCCAACGCACACGGCCUCCAAACAAGACCAAUGAAGUGCUAAAAAAGAACAAAACGGGUUGUCGUGCAGAUACAGCAUCGUCAUCAUGCCCUCACUCUUCAUCUUUAUUGCUGAGACCCUCCACAUCCACUUUAGGAUCUCAUGCCACAAAAGUCCCUCAGAGUCAGCCUCCGCGCUUUAGACCCAAAGUUGAUCUUCCCUCUCAGAGGAGAUCGCUGUCAUCCUCCAGCUCUAAGAAGAGUACCGGCACCCUUUCUCGUUCCCCAGUGCCAAGCGUCAACUCUGCUAUAGCUACCAAAAGGGCAGAAUGUUACAUGAUGCCUCAGGAGGGACUCGGCUUCAUGCUUUCGAGCAAGUACAGUACCCAAACAGAGUACAACCGAGCUCGAGGUUUCUCUCAUCAACCACUCACCAAAUCCCACGGCCAGCGACAGACUAAUGCCACAAGGCCUAGUAGCAUCAUUCACAGCUCCACAGCAGGCCACUCUGGAGUAACGCAGCCAUACGGAGGCAUUCUUCACACUUCAUCAUCCUCCCUGCCCUCAGAGGCUCGUGGGAAUGUGAAGCAGGAGCCAACAUCAGAGAUCCCAGAUAUGCCAAACAACAUCCUCAGCUUCCUGAAAAACUCCAGCCCCCAUGAACUGGCUGCCCUGUACCACCGCUGGGGUGCCACCAAUUCUCUUUUGGAUCCCACCGGGAUGCUGAGGUCUCUCAUGCGACAAGGACAACAUUUCUGCCACGAGUGUGGGAAGAAUUUCAGUCAGCCCAGCCACCUUCGUACUCAUAUGAGGUCCCAUACAGGAGAGAAGCCUUUCUGCUGCCAGCUCUGCCCAUACAGGGCCUCUCAGAAAGGCAACCUGAAGACACAUGUUCAGAGUGUCCACCACAUGCCUUUUGACAACAACCAGUAUCCAGAUUCAAGGAACUUGUUGCUGAGCCCUGAGGAGCAAGGAGAGUUCGGCCCAACGGCGACCUCACCAAAACAGAACUAGGGCUUCUCUUGGACAACUAGGCUAGUCAGGGACUCACAUCAACUGAAAAUGACAUCAUCACUUGGAAAAAUAGGAGGAUUUGAUCACCGUUGGAUUUUACGGAACGGUAAUAUGAAACAUUUUCCUCAUUUUAACUCACAUCUUAUAAUGAGGAUUUUCAAUAGUUCUUGUAGUUUGAGAGAGACCAUUUGUAAUGAAUAAAUACAAAUGGCUGCUCUUAACAAUACUAAAAUAACACAAUGGGUCAAAGUAGAAUUAAGUCACAAACCUUUUUACUCCACUUCUCGUAAAUGAAGGUAGAAAAUAAAGAUCGUGUAGUGUUGAAUGAUUCUUUCUGACGUCAUUACGUGGCUCAUGAUAUGCAUAUGAAAAUAUAUUUUUCAAUGCAACUACUGUGGCGUGCCACUGUAGUGGCCCACCUUUUUCUGGUUUUUUUUGUAUUUUUUAGGUACAUUGUACAUGAUGCAUCCCUCAUGCCAAUAUGCUACUGUCUAUAAUUUGCAAGUAACAUUUAACAAUUUUGUUAAUAAGCCAUGAUAAAAUUUAAUGACGUUUCCCUUCAAAACUUCAAGCAGAAACGAACAUAUUUGAGAGCAAACCAUCUUAAAAUUAACAUGAUUAUCAAUACAGUGGCUGAUAAAUGCUAUUUGCAUUGUAUAACUGAGUAAUCGAUUCAUCAUCACAGCCAUAGCCAAGACUUCCUCUGGGCUAAAAGCCAUUACAGUGUCUUGUGUUAGCCAGCAUGGGCCAAAGAGGUAAAGUCACUUGGCUCCACUCUUUAGUGACAUCUUAAGAGUGACCACUCUGAGCCGAGGGAUAUGAUUAGCGAGAAAGAGAGCGAGAGAGAGAGGGAGCGAGAGAGAGAGAGAGAGAGAGAGAGAGAGAGAGAGCGAGAGACUGCUCUAAUGCUCAUUAAAAAGAGUUGCUUUAUAAUAGCCAUUAUAAAUGAGUGUACCAUUUUUAUGGCCAUACAAUUAUUGUCAAUUGAAGAGGAAGGGGCUGAGUGCCGGCAAUUUCCAUCUAUAUAACUCCUUUAUAUUACUGAGCCUUUCUCACACUGACACUUUGACUUUGAUUUACAACUGCAAACCUGCAGUUGGAGCGGCCUGAUGACUCAGAUUAAAAUUACACAAAGUAAAGGCCAGAUGGUGCACUUUUGGAGGCAAACGUGCUUCUGCUAAUGCUAGCCAGCGGGAUUGCUUUACGCUAAACCGCUUUAGGCUAAUGGCCAAUGUAAUUUUAAUUGUGCUGCAAACCUUUUUUGAAAGGCCGAUGUUAAAAUCCCUCAAAUGCGUCAAGGCGUAGACAGCAGGAUGCUAGCUGUGGCUCACACCAUCAUUUUUUUGCUUCAAAGGUUUCUAAUUGGUGAUAUGUUUGACCUUUUAAUGACUUCAUCAACACAACCACUUCAUGAUGUCUGUAUCAAUCUGUUCUGGGUUACAGUACCUUAAUUUGGCCAACAGCUUUGUGUUAAUCACCAUUUGCACUGUAUAUUAUUAGCACUGUACAAAACCUGUGAUGACAGGUUCCGUUUUUGUUUCAUUACUGAAAGAGACUGAAUGACAUUCUCAGAACAGAGUGUUUUUUUGUUUUGUUUUGUUUUUUAAUGAUUUGUCGACCAGUGGAUUGGACGGGUGAAGUGAAGUAUGACAAGAUAUUCCUUCUUGGUCCCGCGGUGGGAACAGUCACAAUGGGACUUUGGGAUUUCCCACGAGGGCUAUUCUUUCAGCCAUGCUACCAAAUAGUGCUGUUGAACCGGACUGAAUUGUAAAGCAGGCACAGUCUUAACGCAAAUGCGGUUGCAUGUCUUUGUGAUUUGUUUUCCGAUCGACUGAAAAGGAAUGAUGAACAUCCAUUCAUGUGUUGUGCCUAGUCUUUACACAGUUUUUUUGUUUGUUUGUUUGUUUUGUGGGUUUUUUUUGUAUCCUCUCCUCGGGCUUGUCUCUUCAGCAACCUGCGAACUGAGAAAGCCAUGCCUUGACUCAUUGGAGAUAAGCAGAUUGUCACUUGUCAGGGAAUAUAAUUGUUCGAUACAGUUCUAUUCAAACCCGUUAACAUACCUAUGAGUGUAUUUUGAAACCUCAGUAGUUUUUUUCAAAAACAACAAAUGGAUGUAAUACCAAAUGGUUGUCAAAAGAUACAAACUAUGUUGUGUACCUUAAUAUGUCUAACGGUACACUUAAGUGUGUACUGAAGGGUGUGUGUAGUGAAAAUACUUGAAAAUGGAUAUUCUAGCCUUGUCCUGUAGAAUAGUACUAAUAAUACCCACAGUGUACAGAAUUCCCUUUAAGAUGAACUCCUCAGUUAGAAAUGUGUUCUCCGAAGUGUGACUUAGUGAAAGCGUGUCACUGGAGUGACUGUAAUAUGAAUUGUUAAUCUGUAAUCCAAUUUGACCAAAUUCUUUAUAUACAGCGGUAGAAACCAAAUGGCAUUAUUGGUGCACUUAGACUAGAAAACAACUUGAACUUUCCAUUCGCUUCAAUUCUAGACAAGGUUACUUUGAGAAUGCUAUCAUAGCAGUUGACAGCGAAUAGAAUUUGGGGCUUUUGAGGCUUUUUGCAUAGAUUUCAAUAACAGAUGAUCUUUUUUGUAAUGGCUGUGUGUCACACCAUUUUAGUUAUUUUUCCUCAUGGAAAGUUUGACAAGUCGAGGUGCAGCAGUGCUUAUUUUUCAUGAAGAUGUAAGAGCUUGUUUUUCGUCUCUCUGCUAAAUUGUAGGACUUUUGUCAUUAGCUCGCCAUGUCUGACCUCUGACGGGUUGUUUUUUCCCUUUGGUUGGCGGCUUAUUACAUAUUUUUAAUCGGGUGGUUGUUUUUUUUUUGUUUCUGCGAGCUUUUUAUUUGUAUUGAACCUCAUGAUUAAUGUUCCUAACGAGACCUUAUUAUUCCGAGUGUUUUGGUUGAAAUCUGUAUUUAUUAUCACUUCAAAAAGGACAAGAGGACAGAGGCAGGACAGGUGUUUGGUAAUUUUGAUUUUCGGGGUCAUUAUUCUGUGUUUAUUUUUUUUUUGUGUUGUCAUUUUCAAGCCAGCAAGCCGACGUGAAAGCUAUACCUCGUCUGAGCCAUUCUCAGUUCUGUUCCACGUUUGUAAAUGUCAAAAACCCCAAAUAAAGACACACAAAAUGAUAACUUUU